GGUGUGGCUUCAAUCUCUGACGACUCUUCCAAUCCUACUGAUGUCUGUAAUUCCCGCUGUGGAUUCAUUCCAGACGCUGAUUAAGGCCAAGCCUUUCACAUUGCUAAGGGUUUGCUGCGUCUUCCACGACGCGGCGGGCGUCGGUAUAUGUCUUCCUCGCACCAACUGGCGUCGCUUCGUUCCUCCGCUUUAAUCCCGCACGUAAGCCAGACCAUGGAAAUACAGCAUUUGUAGUGCCCGGGUGGGUCGCAUUGCGCCCUCCCCGCCCUCUGAUCAAAGUAGGAGCGCGACGUCAGCCCGACCUUCAAACAUGGCGAUUAUAGCGCGCGCCACCUCGUCGGGUACAGCUUCGGCGUCGGCCAGUGCGACGUCGACGACGGCGAGCGGAGGGUCCCCUCACAUCGCGAUGAGCACGGUGACCGGCUUAAUCCUCGGCGUUAUGUGCCUUUUCCUGCUGGUGGUCAGCUACCAGCUCAUACCGUGCUUCCACCGCAAGCCACCGCCGUUACCAAAGUACCGCACGCGUGUCCUAGUCGUUCCUCCUUCGGACCGCGACCGCCCCGCCAUCCGCCGCAUAUUCGACAAAAUCCUUACGUUCCUUAAACGCUGUCUGCCUCGCAGGUCCUCUUGCCCAGACGACACGCAGAAGCCGAAACCCCCACGCUCGUUUAAACUACCCUCGCAAAACAAACCCGAUAAGCAGCAUAUCCGGGAGAAGUUCGCCACCCAGCUGCGACUGAACCUCCACAUUCCUCCCGCUGCAGACGUACUCUCGCCCCGGACUCCCCGGACUCCCCGCACGCCGAAGGACAGAAGGCGCUAUGCCGUUCUCGACGACAGCGUGUUCACCGAAAGGGACAAGGCUUACCUCGCUCACAUGGAGAAGCCACCUACCGCGUUUCUGUCGCCCUGGUCACCACGUGAGCAGGACUUCCCGUACGCAUCCUCUCCGACGCCCUCCCGCCGAGUCGUGUUUGACUAUGGUCCGGACACGCCCCCGCCCCCAUUCUCGCCCCCUCCCGCCUACGUAGCGGGAACGCCGAUCCGGGGAGGCAUCGGUAGCCCCGCUGUACGAAGCUUCUUGUCUCUGUCGCCGAGCACGCGCAGUCGACGGCCGUCCCUACCGACUGAGGACCCAUUCGCUGACUCGCGCAGCCGCCCGUCUUCCCUACUCAGUGUCGAUCCAUUCGCGGCCAAGUCGCAGCUAUCAAGCCCGACGAGCCCGUCCUUCGCCUAUUCGCCGGAUGAUCCAUUCGUGGACAAGCAGCCGUCUGCGUUUGUCGAGGAAGACGGAGGGGGAGGCCAGACGAUCAAUCUCUCAGAGAUCGUCGUGAUGCAGCCAGCUCCUGAAUCGGAAGCUGCCAUACCACCAAUCCCAGCUCCAGCGGGCAAUGCGUCGUCAAAUGUGUUUGUUAUCUCGGACGAGACGGACUCCCUCAGCAAUAGAUCCAGUAUUUCUAGCACCUGGUCCGCGCUCACUCUUGAACAGCCUAUGUAAGGGAGCCGCGUUAGGUGGUCUCUCGCUGUAACAGAUGUGGCGAUGUACUGUUAGCUGGUACUCAGUAGAAGUUGGUCAGAGUAACAAAUGUAAAUGUACUGGUGUAGUUCUGCCUUCUGCCAUUUUCGCGGCGACCCUUCUGGAGGGCGCAGAACACGUGACAUACGCGACGCGCUCUCAGACGGUCAGGACGCGCGAACGUGGCACCGGUCGCACCUAGUCUCCGUUGCUGACCAAAAAGAGAUACUCUCGUCGUUUUUGUCGCACCGCAACCUUCAUUCUGUAAUCGCC